AUGACAGACGUUGACGAAAAGUUAAACAUCAAACCUCCAGUUCCAGAGACAGAGCGCGGACUUGCAUCAGUCGCAAAUCGUUCAAUCCAGGAGAGGAGAGUGGAAGAUUAUAUCCAAAGUUUAUAUCCGGGUCGUCCUCCCAAAAUAGCAGAACCUGCUGCAGAAAGUGACCAAGAGUCCGUGGCUGAGGAAUUUGGGGAGAAUGAGCCGUAUGAGGGAUCUUUGCAACACCUGGCUCAAAUUAAACACUAUAUUUUGGGAAGCACCGCCUACCAAAACCUCCUACACCGGCUUGAAGAAUUCGUUCAGCCCUCGCUGUACUCUAAGAUGCAGAAUAUGGCGAAAAUGUGGUCAACUUCGGAAUCCCAGAACCAGCACGAUGCUGUGCGGUAUAAACAUGUGAAUCCUCACGAAUUUCAAUUUGACUGGCAUCAAGAUGUAUCUCCAUUUUUCAGCUUUGUCAGCUACUAUCAACACAUACUCGAGCGUUGGGCCGGAGAGCGUUGGGAUUGGUGGCCAUUACCUCAAUGUAACUCUUCCCCUGGAUACCGCGGCAAAGCAGAAUACACUGCCUCCUCUUGGAUCCAACUUGACCCCAAACAGCGCCCCGAACAAUAG